UCCCAACUGCCCAAACGACUUGGACAGAACUUAAACAUACAGAAGGGAAGAUAAAGAAAAAGGCAGCCAUGGGGAAGAGAGUGGCCAUCAUCGGAGCUGGUGUCAGUGGCUUAGCCUCCAUCAGAAGCUGUCUGGAAGAGGGGCUGGAGCCCACCUGCUUUGAGAGGAGUGAAGAUGUUGGGGGCCUGUGGAAAUUCUCGGACCAUGCAGAGGAAGGCAGAGCUAGCAUUUACCAGUCUGUCUUUACCAACUCUUCCAAAGAGAUGAUGUGUUUCCCAGACUUCCCAUAUCCUGAUGACUUCCCCAACUUUAUGCACAACAGCAAGCUCCAGGAAUAUAUCACUGCAUUUUCCAAAGAAAAGAAGCUCCUGAGAUACAUACAAUUUAAGACCCUUGUAUCUGGUAUAAAUAAACGUCCUGAUUUCUCAGUCACUGGUCAAUGGGAUGUUACCACUGAAAGAGAUGGUAAAAAAGAAUCAACCGUCUUUGAUGCUGUGUUGAUUUGUUCUGGACAUCAUGUGUACCCCAACCUACCAAAAGAGUCCUUUCCAGGACUAAAACUUUUUAAAGGCAAAUGCUUCCACAGCCGGGAUUAUAAGGACCCGGAAAUAUUCAAGGGGAAGCGAAUCCUGGUGAUGGGCCUGGGGAAUUCAGGCUGUGAUAUUGCCACGGAACUCAGUCACACAGCUGAACAGGUCAUCAUCAGUUCCAGAAGUGGCUCCUGGGUGAUGAGCCGGGUCUGGGAUGAUGGCUAUCCAUGGGACAUGGUGUUUAUCACCCGGUUUGAAACCUUUCUCAAGAACAACCUGCCGACAGCCAUCUCUGACUGGUGGUACAUGAAGCAGAUGAAUGCGAGAUUCAAGCAUGAGAACUACGGCUUGAUGCCUUAAAACGGAACCCUGAGGAAAGAACCUGUGUUUAAUGAUCAACUCCCAGCUUGCAUUUUGUGCGGCACGGUGUCCAUUAAGCCGAAUGUGAGAGAAUUCACUGAGACUUCAGCCAUUUUUGAGGAUGGCACGGUGUUUGAGGCCAUCGAUUGUGUCAUUUUUGCAACAGGCUAUAGUUAUGACUACCCCUUCCUUGAUGAGUCCAUCAUUAAGAGCAAAAACAAUGAGGUCACCUUGUUUAAAGGCAUUUUCCCUCCUAAACUGGAGAAGCCAACCAUGGCAGUGAUUGGUUUUGUCCAGUCCCUUGGGGCUGCCAUUCCCACGGCUGACCUGCAAGCCCGCUGGGCAGUACAAGUAAUAAAAGGAACUUGUACUUUGCCUUCUGUAACAGACAUGAUGAAUGAUAUUGAUAAAAAAAAGAGGAAAAAGCUCAAAUGGUUUGGCACCAGCGAGACGGUACAGACGGAUUAUAUUACAUAUAUGGAUGAACUUGCCUCCUUCAUUGGGGCAAAGCCCAACAUCCCAUGGCUGUUCCUCACAGAUCCCAAACUGGCUGUGGAGGUGUUCUUUGGUCCUUGCAGCCCAUACCAGUUUAGGCUGGUGGGCCCAGGCAAGUGGCCAGGAGCCAGACAUGCCAUCCUGACCCAGUGGGACAGGACCCUGAAGCCCAUGAAGACGAGGGCUGCUGGGACCCCUCAGAAGCCUUGCUUGCUCUGCCGUUGGGCCAGGCUCCUCAUUCUCCCUGCUCUGUUCAUUGCUGUUUUCUUUGCAUUGAUCUAAUUAUCAUUCGUCCUGGGCUUCUGAAAGUUACUGACAACACCCAGGAAGGAACUUUUCUAUUUAAAAAUUAAGAGUUUCACACCUCCUACUUUCUUACUCAACAGACAUUAGUCAGUAAAACUGUACUAUUUCCAGGCUUUUAAAUAAGCCUCUUUAAGAAUAAUGUGAUGAUCUAAAGACAGCACUAAUCAUUUCUCUUUAGAUUCCACUAACAUCUCAUCAUCACAAUUACGCUCUUCACCUCUAAUCUCAAUCGUGUCCUGAAACAUUUUGACAUGAUUUCUUUUCUCCUUCAAUCAAGGUUUGAAAUACAUACUUUAAAUCUAAACAAAGAGCAGAUUCAGCGGAAUAGUUAUGGACAUUCUCCGGCCACCCCUGCAAACCAUUUUCAGGAGGAUCAAGUAGAGAAUUUGGCUAUUAAUUCUAUUUUUGUUCUACACCAAAUCCUCCAGGCAAUGCGUCCUGCUCCCUGGCCAAAGAGCAGAGCACGGAGGCCUGGUCAAUAACAAAAGUUAACAAGAGUGAACUUAUCACAGCUAUAUUCUGAGUAAGGACACAAGCUUUCCAACAUGUAGCAGCAAAAUAAUGUCAACAACAAUGAGUAGAACACGAAAUAUGCCUUUUAGAUGAAU